UGUCAAAGUCAUUACAUAUGGCGGACGCGGCGAAGAAAGCCGCUGUAUUUUUGUUUGCUUGCAUUUUUAUUAAUUUCGAGUUUAUAAAAUAGUUUUUAGGUUUACAAAAACUAACAUUCGUCUUCGUGAAUUGGUUUGUUCCGAUAUGCAUGUCGUUAUUGGUGUGAAUAAUCGCAAAUAAAUCGUUGGCAAGAUGACUUCUAUUAUCAAGUUACACUGUCUAUCUGGCGCUGGAGACGAGUCUCCGCCGUGCUAUGUACUACAAGUAGACGAAUUCAAGUUCCUACUGGACUGCGGAUGGGACGAGAAGUUUGAUAUGGACUUCAUCAAAGAACUGAAAAGACAUGUCAAUACAAUAGAUGCUGUUCUGCUUUCUCACUCGGAUCCUCUCCACCUUGGAGCCCUACCCUAUGCCGUCGGCAAGCUCGGACUGAACUGCCCGAUCUAUGCAACAUUACCUAUUUACAAAAUGGGUCAGAUGUUUAUGUAUGACUUGUAUCAAUCUCACAAAAAUGUGUCCGAUUUUGAGUUGUUCACGUUGGACGAUGUUGAUGCUGCAUUUGAUAGGAUCACACAGUUGAAGUAUAAUCAAAGUGUUGAUAUGAAAGGUAAAGGCCUAGGCCUCCGCAUCACGCCACUGCCGGCCGGGCACACCCUCGGCGGCACCAUCUGGCGAAUUGCAGCCCCGGGCGAAGAAGACAUAGUGUACGCCCCGGACUUCAACCACAAGAAGGAGCGGCAUCUCAACGGCUGUGAGAUAGAGAAACUGAUGAGGCCAAGCUUGAUGCUGCUUGGAGCUAUGAAUGCUGAUUAUGUGCAGCAACGGCGGAGGCUCAGGGAUGAGAAACUUAUGACAACAAUCCUAACAACUCUCCGCGGUGGGGGCUGUGUGCUGGUGUGCACGGACACAGCGGGCCGUGUGCUGGAGUUGGCACAUAUGCUGGACCAGCUGUGGAGGAACAAGGACUCCGGCCUUGUGGCUUACUCCUUGCUGCUUCUAUCUAAUGUCAGUUACAACGUGGUGGAAUUUGCUAAGUCUCAGAUAGAAUGGAUGAGCGACAAACUGACGCGUGCGUUCGAAGGCGCUCGCAGCAACCCGUUCGCGUUGCGUCACCUGCAGCUCUGCCACUCCGUCGCAGAGGUCACCAGGACUCCGGGCCCUAAGGUGGUGCUGGCGUCGUUCCCGGACCUGGAGUGCGGUUUCGCGCGGGACCUGUUCCUGCAGUGGGCGCCGCAUCCCAACAACUCCAUCGUGCUCACGGCCAGAACAUCACCUGGCACGCUAGCAAGAGACUUGAUAGAAAAAGGCGGCGAUCGUGUGAUUGAGCUGGUCGUGAGGAAACGCGUGCGACUCGAGGGGGCCGAGUUAGAGGAGUUCCUUCAGCAGCAGCGGCUCAAGGUCAACAAUACUGUCAAAGAAGAAACAGCUGGCCUCUCGUCUGAUUCAGAAUCGGACGGAGAAUUGGAAAUGUGGGUGGUGACCGGACGCCACGAUAUACCAGUGAGACAGGACUCCAGACCUACAGGCUGGUUCAAAUCUAACAAGAGACAUCACGCUAUGUACCCGUUCCAUGAGGAGAGGACCCGGGCUGAUGACUAUGGGGAGAUUAUCAAGCCGGAAGAUUACCGACUGGCGGAGAUCGUGGACCCCGACGGCGAGAUCCGAGACGUGCCGCCGGCGCCGCCGCCCAAGGAGGAGCCCGAAGAGGAAAUGUUGGAAAUCCCGAGUAAAUGCGUGACGAGCACGCGUCAAGUCCACGUGAAAGCGAACGUGCAGUACAUCGAGCUGGAGGGGAGAUGUGACGGGGACUCGCUGCUGCGCCUCGCCGCGUGCGCGCGGCCGCGGGCGCUCGCGGCGCUGCGCGCGCGCCCGGCUGCGCUCGCCGCGCUCCGAAAGCACUGUGAGAACGAAGGAAUCGAAAAGAUUUUCACGCCGAACAAAGGCGACAUUAUAGAUGCAACAACUGAGUCGCAUAUUUACCAGGUGAAGCUGACGGACAGCGUGAUGAGCGGCCUGUCGUGGCGCAGCGCGCGCGACGCGGAGCUGGCGUGGCUGCGCGCCGCCGUCGCGCGCCCGCGACUCUCCGACACCACCAGCGAGGAGCUACCGCCCGACCAGCUGCUGUCGCUGGAGCCGGCGCCCGCGCACCUGGUGGCGCCGCACGCGGCCGCGUUCGUGAACAGCGUGCGGCUGUCGGAGCUGCGCGCCGCCGUCGCGAAGCUAGGGCUCAGCGCCGAGUUCUCAGGCGGCGCGCUCGAGUGCUGCAACGGGACUCUGGCCAUACGCCGGUUGGAAAAUGGCCGCGUGGCUUUGGAAGGCGUGCUGUCCGAAGAGUAUUACAAAGUGAGAGAGUUGCUUUAUGACCAAUUCGCUAUAGUGUAGUGUUACGACUGAUUAUUGUAAAUAAAUCGAUUAUAAUGUAUUGCUUUUUGAUUUUUAGAUGUAGUUGUAGUUAGAUUUAGUGGUGUAUUGGGAAUAUAUAUUUAUACAUU